AUGAGAUCGGCCACGGCACCAUACAUAUAUCCCUCCCGCCCCGUGGAAGUGGAGUGCAACCCCGGGCGUGAGCGUGACGAAACGAAACCACCGUCCACCCUCCGCCGGCCCAAGCGUAACGUUGCACCGAGAAAGAGCAGAAUGGCCGCCGCCGCCGCCAUCUUCUCCCCAUCCAUGGCGGCCUCCUUCCGCUCCGCGUCCCGCAGCGGCCGCGUCGCCUGCUGGCCGCUCUCGUCCCUGGAGGCCGCGACGCCCCUCAAGGCCGACCUGGCGCCCGUGCCGACUCCGCUGAAGAUGCUGGGCGCGAGCGGGGCUGGGGAGUACCUGACGCCCGUGCUGGCCUCCAAGGUCUACGACGAGAUGCCGCUGGAGCGCGCCGACAGGCUCAACCUCUCCGAGCUCCUCGGGGCCAACCUCGGCAUCAAGCGCCAGGACCUGCAGCCGGUAACUAACCACCAACCUCGCAGCCACUUUGUCCUUGUGUACAGGCAGGCCGACCGGCCAAGCGAUCUUGCCGACUUCCCACGCCCCGCCACGGGGACGCGCGUCGUCGCGUGGGCCGUCUCCCAUCUCACUCUUAUCCCAUCGCACGAUCCGGCGACUCAUCUUUCCUCCCCGACCAAAUCGCCCCUCACCAACUCGCACUCGUCUCGUCUCCAUGCGCUUCUCCAUCUCGCCUCCCGCGGCAAAAGCUUCUCCCCGGGGCUCUGCUCCCGUCCCGUAUUUUCAUUCAAGUUGGGAGGUGCAUAUAAUAUGAUGUCAAAGCUCUCCCAAGAGCAGGUAAACAAUGGUGUUAUCUGCGUCUCUGCUGGAAACCAUGCUCGAGGAGUUGCUCUUUCUGCCCGAAGACUGGGCUGUCACGCCGUUAUUGUCAUGCCUGUGACAACACCAGAAAUCAAGUGGCAGUCAGUGGAGAUAUUGGGUGCAACAGUUGUUCUCAGAGAUUCAUACGAUGAAGCUCAAUCAUAUGCAAAACUACUCUGUGAGGAGGAAGGCCGCACAUUCAUACCUCCUUUUGACCAUCCCGACAUUAUUGGUGGACAUGGAACUGUUGGCAUGGAAAUUGUUCGCGAAUUGCAAGGUCCAUUGAAUGAAAUAUUUGUACCUAUGGGAGGUGGUGGGUUAAUUGCUGCAAUUCCUGCCUCUGUGAGACUGGUCCGCCCUGAGGUCAAAAUAAUUGGAGUGGAGCCCUCAGAUGAAAAUACCAUGGCAUUGUCCUUGUAUCAUGGCCAUAGGGUCAAGUUAGAACAUGUUGGAGGGUUUGCUGAUGGUGUAGCUGUCAAAGUUGUAGGCAAGGAGGAAUUUCGCUUUUGUCAAGGACUUGUAGGUGGCACUGUCCUGUUCAGCCGAGAUGCUAUCCGUGCGUCAAUAAAGGAUAUGUUUGAGGACAGGAAUAUCCUUGAACCUGCUGGGCCCCUUGCCUUGGCAGGGGUUGAAUCUUACUGCAAAUACUACGGUUUGAAAGGGGAAACUGUGGUUGCAAUAAGUAGUGGCGCAAAUAUGAAUUGUGGUUGCAAAGCUGAACCGGGGAAGGCCAAAAUUGUCGCAGUUGCAGCCGAUGGCAAGCAAUGUGAGGAUUGCUGUAGACGCUGUUGCAGAGAUGGGGAAAAGCCGCUGGCGUGGCUGAACGCGGGGCUGGACACCGCCACCCGGAUCAUCAAGCUCGUGGCGGCGGGGCUCGGCUUAUAUGUGACAGCGCAGCACCCGCUGUUGGUCAUGCGCUGGGAGGCCUGGCUGCUCGCCAUGGUGCGUUUCAUCCUCGUGUCCGGCCUCGGCGCCACGCUCGCUCUCGGCAUCCUGCUCAUGUAUGCAGGCAUCAGGAUGAGCUUUAAGUGGGGGUCCCCGUCCGGCUCGGCCUAGUUAGUGUAAUUCAGCUUGGCCUAGUCGUUGUGUUGUGUAUUAGUGCGUGUGAAGUAGGGGUGGUAUAGAUUGUUGUUUAGAUAGAAAGAGCUAAACAUGUGAUCAGGGACGGAGCAUAUAACUGGGGCAUGGCAUGACCCACAAUGCAAACCAUUUAAGAGUAUAUAUAAGUGGGACGCCCACACUGCAACGAGGAACUAGUGGAUUUCAUUCGCUCUUAUCAUA